AUGAGUAGGACUCUGCUGUGGCUGCUGGCCUCUCUGGCCUUUGCCUCUCUGACUUCUCUGGCUGAUGGAGCUCCAUUGAAGGUGAUGUCUGCCCCUAACUUGUUGCGGGUAGGAACAGCAGAAAACAUCUUUGUGGAGUGUCAAGACUGCACCGGGGGAAACAUCCCGGUCCAAAUCAACGUGGUGAACCAUCCAGCCAAAACCACAACGCUGACAUCCACAUCUGUGACCCUUACCAGUGCAAGAAACUUCCAGGAGCUCGGACAAAUAACGAUCCCUGCUGACAGCUUCAGUAAGGAUCCUACCAUGAAGCAGUAUGUCUACCUGCAAGCUCAGUUCCCUGACCACCUGCUGGAGAAAGUCGUCUUAGUGUCCUUCCAGUCCGGGUACAUCUUCAUCCAGACUGACAAGACCCUCUACACCCCCAACAGCAAAGUUCAUUACAGGAUGUUUGCAGUGACGCCCCGUAUGGAGCCCGUAGAGAGGAAUGCCCAAACUCAAACUGAUGCUUCUAUUGCCAUCGAGAUUGUGACCCCUGAGGACAUCAUUUUACCAUUGGAUCCAGUCUCUUUGAAAUCAGGGAUCCACUCUGGAGUUUUCCAACUCGCUGAAAUUGUCAGUACCGGACUGUGGAAAGUGGUGGCGAAGUUCCCCAGCAACCCACAGCAGAGCUAUUCUGCAGAGUUCGAGGUCAAAGAAUAUGUGCUGCCCAGUUUUGAAGUUAAGCUGACGCCUGAAAGAUCCUUCUUCUACGUGGACAGUCCAGAGUUCACCGUCAACAUCAAAGCUACGUAUCUGUUUGGUGAAGAGGUGGAUGGGACGGCCUACGUGGUGUUUGGGGUUAUGCAAGAUGGUCAGAAGAAGAGCUUUCCAGCUUCUCUUCAGAGAGUUGAGAUAGAGAAUGGUAAUGGAGAGGUGACACUGAAGAGAGAGCACAUCACACAGACUUACCGAGACAUCUCUCGACUGGAGGGGCACGCCAUGUAUGUAGCUGUCAGUGUGCUGACGGAGAGCGGUGGUGAAAUGGUGGAGGCGGAGUUGAGAAAUAUCCAGAUUGUUACAUCACCUUACACUAUCUCCUUUAAGAAAACGCCCAAAUUUUUCAAACCAACACUGUCCUUCGAUGUUACGGUUGAAGUUUUGAAUCCUGACGGCACUCCGGCAGAGCGUAUUACAGUGGUGGUCAGCCCCAACCAGAUGAAAGGCAAUACCACAGCCAAUGGCAUGGUAAACCUUCCCGUCAAUACAGUGGCGGGCCAACGAACACUGACAAUCACCGCAAGGACCAUGGAUGAAGAUAUUUCAAAUGAAAGGCAAGCAUCAGCCUCCAUGGUAGCUCUCCCAUAUACCUCUCCAAGCAACAACUACAUCCACAUAGGUGUGGAAAAACAGGAGCAAUUAGGAGGCAACCUGAAAGUCAGCUUCAUCGUCAGCAAGGAGGAAAAUAAAAACAUUGACAUUACAUACCUGAUCCUGAGCAAAGGUCAGCUGGUGAACAAUGGGCGUUACAGGAGCACAGGUCAAGUUCUGAUUUCCCUGAAUGUUCCCAUUACCAAAAACAUGCUGCCAUCGUUCCGCAUCGUAGCCUACUACCACACAGAUGACAAUGAAGUGGUAUCAGAUUCUGUUUGGGUGGAUGUAAAGGACUCCUGCAUGGGCUCGCUGAGACUGGAACCCUUGAAACGUGCUUCAUCCUAUGAGCCUAGCAGGUUGUUUGGUCUGAAGGUCACUGGAGACCCAGGGGCCGUAGUGGGACUGGUGGCAGUUGACAAAGGUGUCUACGUCCUAAACAACAAGCACCGUCUCACCCAGAAAAAGGUGUGGGAUACUGUACAGAAGUACGACACAGGCUGCACACCAGGUGGAGGGAAGGAUAGUAUGGGUGUGUUCUACGAUGCUGGGCUGUUGUUUAAGUCCAACAUGGCUCAUGGAACUCCCUACAGACAAGAAUUAAAAUGUCCGGCCCCCAGCCGGAGGAAACGAGCCACUACUAUAAUGGACGUCACAACCAGCUUCGUGAGUCAAUAUCAAGACCAACUCCAACGUGAGUGUUGUUUGGAUGGCAUGAGGAACACCCCCCUCUCCUACACCUGUGAGAUGCGAACGGAGUACAUCAGUGAUGGUGAUGCCUGUGCCGCAGCCUUCCUGCACUGCUGCAAGGAGCUGGAAACCCAGCGAGCUGAGAGGAAGGAGGAUAGCCUCAUUCUGGCUCGCAGUGAGGAGGAUGACAGUUACACGGACAGCGAUGAAAUUGUGUCUCGCACCAAGUUCCCUGAAAGUUGGCUGUGGUUAGAUGUGACUCUGCCUGCUUGUCCUCGACCUAACUGUGACACCACAUCACUGACAAGAAAUGUUCCUUUGCAAGACUCAAUCACAACCUGGCAGUUCACUGGAAUAAGUCUGUCAAGAGCUCACGGAAUCUGUGUUGGCGAGCCGUUAGAGGUCGUUGUCCAGAAGCCAUUCUUCAUUGAUCUCAGGCUGCCGUACUCUGCUGUCCGUGGAGAGCAGCUGGAAAUUAAGGCAAUCCUCCACAACUACACCCCCGAUCCUAUCACCGUGCGUGUGGAUCUGAUGGAAGAGGAGCAUGUGUGCAGUUCAGCCUCUAAACGUAGAAGGUAUCGCCAGGAGGUCAACAUGGGGGGCGAAACUACACGAGCUGUACCCUUCAUCAUUAUUCCCAUGAAAGAAGGGAAGUUUAACAUUGAGAUCAAAGCAGCUGUUAAAGCUUCUUCGCUAAAUGAUGGAAUCAUAAAGAAGCUGCUGGUGGUGCCUGAAGGCGUACUGGUUAAAUCUUCUCAGAUUAUAAUUCUAGACCCCACUACUAAAGGUGUAGGUGGUAAACAAGAAGUAACUCUCAACAGUCGAAUUCCUGAAAAAGAUUUGGUCCGAAACGCACCUACUAGCACACAGAUCUCAGUGACAGGGAGAGAACAAGUUUCUACGCUGGUGGAGAACGCCGUUAGUGGGGACUCUAUGGGUACUCUGAUCCGCCAGCCGUGGGGGUGUGGAGAACAAAACAUUGCUAAGAUGACCCUACCAGUCAUUGCAGCCACAUAUUUGGACAAAACCAGCCAGUGGGAAACUGUGGGCUUUCAUAAACGUAACGAAGCCCUCCAACACAUCAAGACCGGCUACCAGAAUGAGCUUUACUACCGUAAAAAAGAUGGGUCUUUUGCUGUUUGGUGGUGGAGCAAGAGCAGCACCUGGCUGACAGCGUAUGUUGCCAAGGUGUUUGCCAUGGCUGACAAUCUGGUGGUAGUAAAAAGAGAGCACAUCUGUGAAGCCAUCAAGUUUCUGAUUCUCAACGCACAGCAACCUGAUGGCUUGUUUAGAGAAGUUGGAUGGGUUUACCAUGGACAGAUGACUGGUGAUGUGAGAGAUUCAGAUGCCUCCAUGACGGCCUUCUGCCUCAUUGCCAUGCAGGAGUCUCGCACACAAUGUGCUGCCAUUGUUAACGUGAGUACUUCAUCUGCAAACAAUGGUUCACUGCAUGAAAAGUGGGAUUUCCGUCCCCGGUUAUCCUAA